UGACGUCACGCCCCUCCGCGCACCCCCGCACCAUAAUGCUAUACUAUGAGGCAACCUUAUAGAAGUUAAUAGACCUUGGAUUUUUUCGAAUUCGAUUUGUGGUGAUGUUUCAAAUUUAUAUUUAUUAAGCCACGAAGGGCAGGAAGUGUAAUUGCUAGAGGUUCGAUUUCCGAAAAUAGGUGAAACAAACUGCAAAGGCAGAAGUAAUGUCCUCAGUUACAAUGCCACUUCUUGAUGAUGAUACUGUUGCUUUUGGCGAAGAAGAAAACGAUAUCAGUAGGAAAAAUGCAUUGCAGCACCCCUAUGUAACAUUUUUCCACUUACUAUUCAGAGGAGCUUCCAUUGUCGUUUAUAUGCUGUGUGGUUGGUUUAGUAAGAGUUUCAUAGCAAGUUUCAUUUCAGUAGUAUUGUUGCUGUCUAUGGAUUUUUGGACAGUGAAAAAUAUCAGUGGACGGCUGAUGGUUGGACUAAGGUGGUGGAAUUAUGUAGAUGAUGAAGGAGCAUCACAUUGGGUUUUUGAAUCAAAAAAGGACCAGAGUCGUAUUAGUGAUAGAGAAGCUAGCAUAUUUUGGACUUCACUGGUUGCAACCCCAUUGCUUUGGUCUCUUUUUUUCAUAAUUGCUCUAUUCAGCUUUGAAUUGAAGUGGUUGCUUCUGGUGACUAUUGCCUUAGUUUUGAAUAGUUCAAACCUUUAUGGAUACAUAAAAUGUAAAGUGGGCAACAAGAACAGUUUUGGAACCAUAACUUCCGAUUUUUUUCGGAAACAAGUUAUUCAGAACGCCGUUUCAAUUGUUAGUCGACAAGCGUCCACUCCACAAUCAAACAUCCCAAGUCAACCAACUAACAUAGUCUGAAUAUUUCCUGUAUUCUAUCCCAAUUAUCACUUGUAAAUAUUGUUUUAUUAUUAUUUUUCUAAGAAUAAAGUCUACCUAUAUAUAUAUAUGUAUAUAUCAGGAUUCUAAUUUUUACAUAUACCCCAUAUAUGAUUGAUCCUAAUUCAAUUCCAUUUUAUACAAAAACCACUAUAGCGGAAAUGAAAAAAUGGGACACAUAGAAAUGGCACAUAUUAUUUAGUAUCUAUCGAUUAGACUUUCAAAAAAAAUAAAUGAAAAUAACAAGUUUCGGACUGUGAAAAGUGCGGGGGCGGAGAAUACUUAUUCUUACUGCAUUGAUGAAUGCCCAGCAAAAAUAUAUCGCGCGGGUCUUUAGACGCCCUCCAAAACUGCCAACAGACAUCAGCAGGCCACAAUCGUGGUGCUUGAUAACCUUAAUUAGUUCUAGGAAUCACGCCAUCUAACAUUCAAUUUGUAAACCCC